AUGGCGCCGUCUCCGCUGCGGCAGCAGCUCGAAGAGAUGAAGUACGUGGAGCUCCAGCGGAUCGCAAAGGCCGCCGGGCUCAAGGCCAACCUGCGGGCAGACAAACUGUUGAAAGCACUGAAGCAACACUUUGAUGGAACAAAACAAGAAAGUGCAAAUAUGGACUCUGAAAAAAGUGUACCUAGUCUCAUCAAAUCAGAUGAACCGAACAAUGAGGAGGAAAUGAUGCCUGAUUCAGUGGCUUUUACUACAAGAAGAUGUGGUAAAGAAAAGAAAGUAAACAGAAAAAAGAGGAACUCCGCUGAUGAUACUAAUACCAGUGAGGAAAAUGCAGAGCUUUCUCAUGAGAAAGAGGUGCAUUUGGAAAUGAAAGAAAAUGAGGUGCCUUGGGGUCAGCAAGGAAAGGGACAGAAGGUAUUCCAAACUGAGGAACAAGUAACUAAAAAAAGAGCUACUGAGAGCCCAGGGAUGGGUACUGCUCGGAAAGAGCAGCCAAAGAGGACUUCUACUAAAAUUGCUGGAGGUGAAUGUGAUGCUCUUAAGGCAGGAGGGAGGAUCCCUGUAUAUGCAGGCCGUGCAUCUAGGUCUGGGAAAAAAGGAAUGAAAGCUACUACACCAAACUUUAAGAAGUUGCAUGAGGCUCACUUCAAGAAAAUGGAAUCAAUUGCUGACUACAUUGAGAGGAAAAAGAAAGUUAUUGAAACCUGCAGCAGUUCUCUCAAUGAAGUCAAGGUGCUGACCAAAAAAUCCAGUAUCUUAAGAGCAUCAGAAAAAGGCACUCCUUACAGCACUUCUAAGAAACAUAACAGCAGCAAAACAUUCUUAUUCAGCCCAAACCCAGAAAGAGGCAGAAUCUCCACCACCUGCACCCCCAGUAACCGCCAUCACACACCACGCAGUUCUCUGAACACCAGUCGGAGUAUUUUAUCCAAGAAAUCGUCAUUUAACCCUUCUGUCCUUUCAACAACCAAAAUGAACGUCAGGUUCUCAGAAGCCACAAAAGAUAAUGAGCACAAACGCUCCCUUACCAAGACUCCAUCUAGAAUGUCUCCAUACCUGCAGAUGUGCACACCUGAGAGCCACAAACCAGCAAGACAGAAAACCAGUGUAGGAAAUGCAAGAAAUAACGAUUCGACUGCAGCAAAGGGUAAAGGUGAGGCUCUCACCCCCUUCAAGUUCUCAGCUCACCCUGCAGAACCCACAAGCGCCAAGAAGACGUUUGAUCUCAAAGCAAGUCUCUCGAGGCCACUUCGGUAUCAGCCACAUAAAGGACGACUAAAACCUUGGGGAGAAUCUAAAGAAAAUACUGUUCCAAAUAAGCCUGGCAGCAACAUCUCUUCAUGUAAGAAAGACUACAAACAGCCCCAUCUUCAGACAAGGGAAGAAAGGCGGGAGAAACAUGAGCAAGAGAGAAAGAAGAAAAAGGCUAAGGUUCUUGAAAACCGCAGAGGAAUAUCUCUGGGUUAGGAGGAAUAGAAAUAUCUAAGGUAUUACUGUAAAUAGUAGUCCGGUCAUGUAAAUAUCUGUGCUGUGUGUGUAGUUCAGCUUGCUAUUAGCUAGUAGGAUCCAGAAAGCAUGGAAUAAGACUUCAAAGUGCAUCUGAGCGUAAUGUUUCAGUGAUCAACUUCUCCAAUGAGAUGAGAGUUCUAAACUUUAAGGAGCUUAGAACUAUCUCUAGUUGCCUCAUGUUUUCCUUUAACCAAAACAUGUUAAAGGAGAAAAUGUAAGUGGGGGGAAAAAAGAUGCUCAGGAAGUCUCCUUGCAACUUAGCCAGACUUCACCUGAAUGCAUUUGUUACUGCUAGAUGCAUGCUUUGGAUAGCAGGCGUCAAAGUCUUCCAUUGGCAAACUACAAUUAAUUCAACUGCCCCUUUCUCCAAAUCAAUCCUCCAGUCCUGUGACAGCAAUUAUUCAGUGUUUCUCAUUGCCUAUGAGGUAGUAGGGAAUUUCUAAGAGCUAAAACAUGCAACUUCUCUGGAAAACUGAAAGUUUCCAGCAUAAUCGUUACACAAUGUAUUAAAGUCACAACUGAAAGGGGGCUUUACAAAUGACCAGUGGGAUACUUUGAACAGUUGAUGUUGUUUUGUUCCUUUCUGUGCUAAAUAGCAGCUGUUAACAGAAUUCUUCUGCUUUUCAUCUCUCUGAUGCUUAAAAGAGGUUACAGUAGUAUUGGGGCACAUUCAAUAUGUUAGAUUUAAAAGCUGUUUUUAUUUUUACCUUUAAAAAGAUGCAUAGAGCUGUCUGGAUUUAUGAUGGAACUGGAAAGGUACUUCAGCAGCUUUAAUCUCAGCUACACUUCUGUACCAAUAAUUCACGGUGAAUUUAGUGUCCUAUUGAAUAUAUACUGAAAUGUCAAGAACAAGCAGUUUUUUGUUUUUAAAAAAAUUAAUCUGUAGAAUAAAUGUUUUGUACAUAUUCUGUUUUUUUAUCACUGAUUCUAUCAUCUAAUGUACUACGUGUAACUACCCCCUUAGUGUAGCACUAGUCUUGUUCACACUUUUUUACUACUCAACCUCUUUUUGUGACAAGUUUUCCUCACCAAUGAGCCUGCCUAUGACUUUAUGAAAUCACAAAGUGCUUUCAUAAAGCAUUUUGUUUGUCCUGGUAGCUUUAGAAAUGACAACUAUCACUCCUCUUAUGCUUCUACGCAAGGGGAAAAUGAUAGUACAAGACACUGCUUCAGUUUGCCUUUGUGGUGGCCUCUUCCAUAUAAAAUAUAAGUACGUUUAGUAUUUGUCAAGUAUACUUAAGGUCACUGCAGCAGAGGUCAGUGCUUUGAUUAGACAAAUUUAUGAUGAGUGAAGUGGAACAAUUCACACUUGUUCUUUGAAGUGUUUGCCAGGUCAUCUAAACCAGACUUCUCAGAGAGAAAGGCAUAGAACCUCUGUGCCACCAGCUGCUGCUUUAACUUCUCCCAGUACAGGCAUGUUAAGUUAAUUGCUCACAUCAGACAUAUAAAGACUCUUAGAAAGACAACCUAUAGCUCCCUGAGGAGACAACAGGGAUGGGGGCUUCCCCCACCCCCUCCAUGAAGCACUACUUCUGUUCAGCAACUUCAGCUCUGGCAAGCUGUAGGAUUAUCAUCACCAGCUUUAAAUCAGAAGGCAAGCCUGCUGCACAGCUACUGCUUCAAUCUUGGCAGGGGCAGCUUUUUCUUUUUUUAGUACUUCAGAGAAGCCAAAGCUGAAGGUUAAAAUACUUCUGCCUCUUCCACUUUUGGGGCUGCUCUCUGUAUGUUUCAGCACUGAGUCCCACACUUAAGCACCGUCCAUGAGGGUAUUAAUUCUCCUUAUAUUUUUUCCAAUUUAAAACUAGUGUAUACAAGUGUUUCACAAUGUCUGUAAACCACAGAACAUAGAAAAUGAAAUUGUGAAAGAAAAAACUAAAAACUACAAGAAGCUUGUGAAAUACUUUUAUUUCUGUUAAGGUCAGGACAAAAGCUAGAACUUACGCAGUCACCAGUUCCUACUGGGUCACACUCUCCUCAGGCCGUAUUCCAGUCCAUGUAUGUACAGUCUCUCCAGGAUCCUGCGUCUGGCAGCUUGAAGACAUCAACAGUGUCACUGUAAUGUUUACUUAGAAUCUUCAAGCUGUGAUAAGCCACACCUUCAGAAAUGUUUUCUAGAACUAAAGCAGCUGAAGGAUGUCCCAAAAGCCACCUGCCCAGCUUAGAGUGGAGGAUUCUUUUCAUAUGUUUCAUAGGCAAAUUCUUCUGUAUGAGCUCUAUCGUUCAGCAGGCCAAUAAAAUCAAUUUCCAACUGGAACG